AUGAGUCUUCCAGAACUUACACCACGCCGCAGCACCAGACAGACAAAAGGGAAUCCACCAGAACGCUUUGGAUUCACAAAAAGUGACUUUGGCGAUGAAGCGGUGGCAGAUAAAAGUUUGGAGUUGACGCAAAUCCGAAGAGAAUUAAAGGCAACAAAACUUCAACUCGAAGUAACAUUGCUUCAGAAUAAAGAAGCCAAUUUGGUUUCAGAUAUCUUCAGGGCAACAGAUAGACAGGAAUCCGUUAGGAAUUCAAACUCAAAACGGAACAGUGUGUGUGGAGAUGCAAAUCCUUUGGAAGUAUAUGUGCCCCAAGACGACGGCGAAUAUAUCCCACGACGUGAUAUAUUAUGUACUCCUCAAAGAGAAAACACAUACAAGCGUGUUCAUAUGGUGAGUAGUCUACCGCACAUUUACAUAGACAAAUUGCAAAACCAACCCCUGCCAAGCACAAGCAAGCAGAUGUUAGAUAGAGAAGUAUCUAGAUACGAUGAAGACGAAAAUUUCAUUGAGCGAGACAGACAUCUGCAAAGUGAAAUAAAUGUACAUCAGUGGCUUCAGUUAAACAAAGCCACCCAUAGCACACCGUUUGCGAAAAAAGACAGAGAUACAAAUGAAAAACAAACAGAUCGUUUACCUGUCCUGUCACAAAAAAUUGCAUUUUUAGAAGAAGAAUUAAGAAAAUGCAAAUUGCAUCAAAAAGAACGCAAUGCUAAAGUCAUUGGUCACAAAGACGACGAAAGCAGAAAUAACCUGCAGUAUCUGGACAUGAUGAACACCUUUGUUGCUCGACAGACAAAGAUGGAUUUACCAAAGUUCAAUGGUAAUCCGGAAGAUUGGCCACUCUUUUGCAGUGAGUUUGUACGAACGACUGAUUGUGGAAAAUUCACCAUUCAAGAAAAUGUGACACGAUUGAGAGCAGCUCUUAAAGAUGAAGCGCUAGAAGCAGUAAAAUCCCUUCUCAUCCUUCCAGACAGUUCAGAUAGGAUUAUGCAAAUAUUAGAACGACGAUUCGGACGUCCUGAUUACAUCAUUAAAUCUCUUCUAGGCAAAGCCAAGACGAUUGCAGCACCACGAGAAGAUAAUCCCUUGUCAAUCGUGAAGUUCGCCACUUGUGUUGAAAAUCUUACAGUAAUGCUAGAACUGAUGGGACGUCCAGAGCAUCCUGAACUUUUGGAAGAACUAGAGGGCAAAUUGCCACCAAUAUUUAGCAUCUUAUGGUCAGAACAUAUUGUCGAAAAAGAAAAAGUAAAUUUGCGUGUUUUCUGCGAUUGGUUGGAAAGGAAAUCCCAUGCAGCGAGUCUCCGAACAACCCUGUUCCAACUGCAACAACAACCCAUUGCACAGAAAACAGAAGUCAAGCGAACAAAGGGCAAAGUAAAUGCAGCGUCCAUCGAAAAAGUCAUCGUAGAAUCAUCAAAGUGCAGCGUUUGCAAAUCCAAUUGUAAUUCUCUAGAUACAUGCAAAAAGUUUCUUGAGAUGAGCGUUGACGAAAGAUGGCAAAAUGUACGCAAAUUAUCCCUGUGUUUUGCAUGCUUGAAGAAAAAUCAUCAGACCAGAAUGUGCCGCAAAAAGAGUCCAUGUGACAUCAACAGUUGCCAGAGAAAUCACCACCGAUUGUUGCACAAUCAUCAACAGAGAUUGUCAACUGAAGCUCCAGUUUUCCAACCACCGAAUCCACAAAGCCACACAGCUGUAGCAAAUGGAUUCUGCACAAAUGGAAGUACUGUAAGCAGGAACACUACCAGGCUCAGAAUCUUACCGGUAAGUCUCAAAAACAAUUCAGUGGUAGUAAACACUUUUGCCUUACUAGAUCCGGGCGCUACACUGACCUUGAUAAGUGAAGCAGUUGCAAAUAAACUGCAAAUGGACGGCAAACUUGCACCUCUAUCAAUCCAGUGGGCUAAUGGUGACGUUGCAAAUGAAGAUGAAUCCAAAGUCGGUUCAGUUCACAUCUCUGGGACAUUCCUGAAUGCACGAACAUAUGCUCUUAAUGACGUCAGAACCGUGAAACACUUACCAUUACAACGCCAAUCGGUUGAUAGAGAACGGCUUAUCGAAAAGUGGCCAUACCUGAAAGAAAUAAACUUCGAGAGCUAUGACAAUGUACAACCAACAAUUUUAAUUGGUGAGAAUAAUGGAUUACUGACUGCCACCCGACAAUUAAUCCAUAAUAAGAGCAACAAUCCCAUCGCUAGUAGAACUUGGCUAGGAUGGACGAUUAGUGGAAAUGAUGGCAGCGAUAAAGCAAGCGAAGUCAACCUUGUUUACAUGAUGCAAGAGGCCCACGACGACGACCUACAUGCAUUGGUAAAAUCUUCAUUCCAACUCGACGAUAGUUUAACUAUUGGUUGUGACCGUAAACGAUCUCGAGAAGAUGAAAGAGCCUUGAACAUCAUGAAGACGACGACGACAAAAUUAGAGGACUGCAGGUGGCAGACCGGAUUGUUAUGGAAACGUGACGAUACCAGACUCCCGGACAGCAAGUUUGCAGCUCGCCAAAGAUUAUAUCUAUUGGAGAAGAAACUCGACAAAGAUCCUGUGUUAAAAAAGGCAUACGGUGACAUCAUAGACGACUAUCUGCAAAAGAAAUAUCUUGUUAAUGCUGAAGAUAAAGACCUGAUUGGAAGUAAAACCUGGUAUUUGCCACACUUUCCAGUAAUCAAUCCAAUGAAGCCACACAAGAUAAGGAUUGUGUUCGAUGCAGCAGCGAGAUCAAAUGGAAUUGCACUUAAUGAUGAACUCAUCCAAGGACCUGACCUGCUACAAUCUCUACCAGGUGUUUUGUUCAAGUUUCGCCAAGGACAAUUUGGAUUCACGGCAGACAUUAAAGAAAUGUUUCAUAGAGUGAGAAUACGAGACGAAGACAACAACAGCCAAUUAAUUCUAUGGCGAGGUGAGAAUCGAACCGACAAUCCACGGAUCCUGAAGAUGACAGCAAUGAUGUUUGGGGCAACAUGUUCUCCAAGCUCAGCUAUUUACGUGAAAGACCUAAAUGCAGAUGAAUAUUUGGAUACUUAUCCCGAAGCCGUAUACGCCAUCAAAAAUAAUCACUAUAUGGAUGAUUAUUUGGGACACGCAGACGACGAGGCAGCAGCUACAGCUUUAAUUGAAGACGUUAUUAGAAUCCUCAGGCUAGGUGGAUUUCACAUCACAAAUUGGAGAAGUUCUUCUAAAUCCGUUCUUCAAAACAUCCCAGUGGACGAGUUAGCAAAAGUCGCUGAUCGAAAAAUCAACAUCGACAAGAACAGUGAAAGUCGUAUAUUGGGAGUCCUUUGGAAUACGCAAAAUGAUUCAUUUACGUUUGCGGCAAAAUUAGAAAAGAUUGACGACAGCCUUCUAAAUGACCAAAAGAUUCCGACCAAAAGACAGGUGUUGAAAAUAGUUAUGUCUGUUUUUGAUCCUUUGGGGUUUGUGGCACAUUUUGUUAUUGUGGGCAAGAUGUUGCUGCAAGCUAUUUGGAAAACAUCUAUAGACUGGGACGAUGAGCUGACUGAAGACUUAGUGCCACUGUGGAGCAAUUGGGUUCGUGAUUUAAAUAAGAUUUCAUCGGUGAACAUUCCAAGAUGUUACUCACCACUUUUUAACCUGGCACCUGAACUGGAACUUCAUGUGUUUGUUGAUGCGAGCGAGUCUGGAUAUGCAGCAGUGGCUUACGUAAGAAUUGUUUUCGAAAAUAAUAUAAAUGUUUCUUUCGUUGCAGCUAAAGCAAAGGUCUUACCUCUUAAGCCAAUUAUGACGAUACCACGAGCAGAACUGCAAGCUGCUGUUUUGGGUUCUCGUCUCGCAAACACAAUCAAAUCGCAACAUGACAGGAAAUUUAAAAAAGUUUUAUUUUGGACUGACUCGACUACUGUCUAUCAUUGGAUAAAGUCUGAGGCAAAACGAUUUAAGCAGUUUGUAGCAAAUCGCUUGAGUGAAAUUUCUGACCUGACGAAUAUAGCCGACUGGAAUUGGCUGCCGACAAAUCUUAAUGUUGCCGACGACGCAACUCGAAUGACACCAAAAGAGUUUGAAGCUGAUAGUAGAUGGUACACAGGACCUUCCUUUUUGUAUGAAGACGUUUCUAUGUGGCCCAAAAUGAAGACAAAUAAAAUGACCAGAUUUGACGAGGAAGAUGAGACGAAUGAGUUUGUUGGAACAAUUUCGGUACCAGCUAGAUUCGUUUUACCAAAUGUGAUGAGAUUUUCAAAUUGGUCUCGACUGAUAAGAGCUACUGCUUGGAUCAUGCGAUACAAGGAAAAUCUCAAAAUAAAAGGCCGAAUUACCCGAGGUGAUGAAGAUGCGGUGUACUACCAAGGUGAACUGACGACUACUGAAAUUGAAUGGGCGAAUAAACUGUGGAUAAGACAAUCUCAACAAAAUUCUUUCCACAAAGAAAUUGUUGAAUUAAGGAAGAAUAAAGUUGUUAGCCGUUCAAGCAAAUUAUAUAACAUCAUUCCACAAUUAGACGACGAGGGCAUCAUUCGACUCAGAGGGCGUAUGUCGAAUAUAGAGGGUGAUCAAUGGCUGAAGACACCAGUGGUUCUCGACGGAAGAGAUAAGUAUACCGAGUUGCUUAUCAAGUACUACCACGACCAAGCCAAUCACAUUGGUCAUGAAGGCGUUAUGAAUGAGAUCAAACAGAGGUACUGGAUAUUGAAACUUAAACCAAAACUGCGACAGAGAAGAAAAUUAUGCAAUACUUGCAAGAUUAGAUGCGCAAAGCCCGAGAACACUAUUAUGGGACAAUUACCUGCGGUAAGACUUUUGUCAAAUAAUCCAGCAUUUACAUUUACAGGUGUCGACUAUUUUGGGCCGAUAAAUGUAAAAGUUGGCAGACACCUUGAGAAACGCUACGGUGUAUUGUUUACAUGCCUUACAGUAAGGGCAAUUCAUAUAGAGGUUGCAUCCAGUUUGACCACCGACUCCUGCAUCAUGGCGCUUAGGAGAUUUAUUGCCAGACGUGGAUGCCCAAAUGAAUUAUUCUCGGAUAAUGGCACGAACUUGAAAGGAGCUGACACGGAACUCAAGAGAUGUCUAAAGGAGCUUGACCAGUCUGCAAUAAGAGGUGCACUUACUAAGCAUCGUAUCAAAUGGCGUUUCAUUCCUCCAGCAGCACCCCAUAUGGGAGGAUGCUGGGAGAGACUUGUGAGAUCCGUCAAGACAUCAUUAUACGCAAUUCUAAAAGAAGUAAAUCCAUCGGAUGAGACGCUGAACACCUUACUUGCUGAGAUCGAACAGAUAAUUAACUCGAGGCCUCUAGUUGAAGUUCCAUAUCACCCAGACGAACCUGAAGCACUUACGCCAAACCAUUUUUUGAUUGGCAGAUCAUCGGCUUCCGCCCCAAUAAGUGAUUUUGACGACAAGGAUCUGAUCUUACGAAAGCGAUGGAGAAUGACACAGCGGCUGGCUGAUCAUUUUUGGAACCGAUGGAGGAAAGAGUUUUUGCCAAAUCUAAAUCAGCAGAACAAAUGGAAGACGCAAAGUGGUCGAGAUGUACAAGUAGGAGAUGUCGUUCUUCUUUUUAACGACAAUGAAGUCAGAGGAAAUUGGCCAAAAGGUAUCAUCGACAAAGUUUUUCCCGGACCAGAUGGAAAAAUUCGAGUGGUAGAAGUUAGAACUUCAAGUGGAACCUUUAAGCGCUCAAUUGUCAAGGUAUGUGUCCUCGAUUUGGAAGAUGGUAAAAGUGACGAGGUCCCAAUACCAGAGGGGAGAAUGUUAAGUAAAUCUCAGACUUGA